AUGGCUUCGCACAAGCGCGAUAUGGCUGGUCCUGUGGUCUUUACCCUCACACCAGUGAACACUGUCUCUGAGAAGGUUGUGGAAGACAAACGCAACGAGCUCUUUUGCAAACGACCCAAGCAGCGCAAAGCUCCCAAGGAGAUCUUCGUCACGUUCAACCCCCAUCGCUGCGAUGGACUCUAUCCAUCGACAGUUGGCCGAAAGGGACACGUCAAGCUCGCCGAUUUACCCUUUGUUGUCAACAACCAGUGCUCCUUCCAGAUCCACAAGGACACUGGAGAGGUUAUGAUUGUCGAUGAAUCGCCUAGCCAGACCUGUAGUGUGACCUUUGGCACCAUAGCCCAGGACUUCCGUGAGUUCAAGAACUUUGGAGCCCUGGUCAUCUGCCCGUCUGCUACAAACAUCAUGCUCCACUUCGGCAACAGAGGAAACGCUUCUUGGAUGACAUGGCGUAUCAAGUGGCGCAUGGACGAGCCGAUCGACCUGCAAGAUUGGGCGGACAAGGCAGGGUUCCAUGCUAGGACUGGACAAGACAUGGCACUACGAAGUAUUCCGCCUACCAGACGUUUGGAACCCAAUGGCAUUCCUGCAGUCCCCUUUGAAACUCGAUAUCUUCCACGACAGGAUAUCAAAGUCACACCUGACGUAGGAGUCACCAAGGGUGUUGACGCACUCACUGGUCAUCUUGUUGUCAUCAAGCUGGUCAUGGAUUCAGUGGAGCGUCACAAUCGCUUAGUAGGAGAGGCGAGAAAGGAACUCACCACCGAUUUGGACCAUCCUCAUUUGAUCGAGUUCCUCCAGGUCGAAACGUUGAUUAACCGCUUCUACCUUGUCAUGGAGCUACAGGAUGGUGAUGCGAGCCAACUUGCGAGGUCCGACGAGUUUGAGAAAGCGAGAGGUUUGUUCGAGGUUGGAGACAACAUCGGCCGCCCUCUGUUCCAUCAGAUGCUACAGGCUCUGGAUUAUCUUGCGCUCAGGAAUAUAAUCCACCGGGAUGUGAAGCCUCAUAACAUCCUCUACCGCAUUGUCGGUGGCACUAUCCAUUACCGGCUUGCAGACUUUGGCAUCGCCACAACAGCCCCCCACCCGACGGUUCUCAGCGGGACCCGGAUGUUUAUGGCACCAGAGGUCUUGGUCCCUGGCUCUCAGCGGCAUACAACGAUGAUUGACAUUUAUUCACUAUGUGCCUCCAUCUGUUGGAUAUUCGCCUUCGAAAUGGGUCAAGACGAAAUCUAUGAUCAUCGCGCUUCCGUCGGUUUGGCUUGGCUUUCUGUUCUGCAGGGUAUGGCGGAGGUGUAUCCGUGGAGGCGUACUUCAGCAGGCAAUGUGUUGACGACGAUGUUUGGAGGAGUUGGGCGAGUCACUCGUUAG